CCGUCAAUACGGCAAUAUCGGGGUCAAGCGAGCAAAGGAUGCCUUCAAGCUGUUCUACUUUGUUUACAACGCUGCGGCAGGAGCCUUCUUUGAACCUGCCAGCGGCUCCUCGAUGGAUCCUGCCGACGACGAAAACCUGAGGCAAGCCAAGAAAAAGGUAUUCAGCGGCGGUGGCGGCACGCCCUCCCUGGCGGACCUGCUGCCCUUUUCGGCCAGCCCCGGCGACAAGGAGGAGCGGCGCGCCACACUCGUGUUCCUGCUCGUGUUCGCCACCAUGCUCGCCGCCUCCGCGGGCGGCAUGCUGCUCGUGCUGCUCUUGGUGCGUCUGCUGAGCGACAAGCAGCACGGCACCGGAGCCAACUACAGCGCCUACGAAAUAGCCAGCCCCGUGAUCGCCAACGCUAGCAGCACAUCCACAAAUGGCGGGUCAUGAGGCUCUCGACGCACGUCCUUCUGCCGACAAGAGACCGCUUGGGCAGCUGUCGAUCCAGUUUUAUUGUUCGCCAAUCCAUAGUUUUCAAAAUAUUUAUGUGUACAGUUCUUGUCGCGGUUGAAAGAGUGAAUAUGAAUAAGAAAUGUACUUUUCAGAUGCACAGCUAAUUAAUGUCCCGGCUACGCGGACAACCAGU